AUGGCCCCUAAGAGAGGGUUUGAGGGCACGGUAGCCGGGCAGUUCUUUGGCCACACCCACCUGGAUGGGUUUGAGAUCUUUACGAUGAGGAGACCAUUUCCGGCGGUGGGCAUUGCCUUCCUGGCUCCCAGUGUUACCACCUACAUCAAACUCAACCCAGGGUACCGGAUCUACCACGUGGACGGGAUCCGCUCUGGCAGCUCCUACAUGGUCCUUGACCACGAGACAUUCAUCUUGAACUUGACGCAGGCGAACCAGCCUGGUGCCGUGGCUCGGUGGCAGCGCCUCUACGGGGCCCGGGAGACUUAUGGGCUGCCCGUCGCCUUCCCGGAGGACUGGAACCGACUCCUGGACCGCCUGCAGGCCGAUGAGCGGCUCUUCCAGCACUUCUGGUACUUGAGGUUCAAGGGCCACCCACCCGCCAAGCCCUGCGGGGAUGCCUGCAGGAAGGCCACGCUCUGCGCGCUCCGCACCGGCCGGGCAGCUGAUCCCAAACUCUGCCAGACCCUUAAGCUGCCCUUCCCAGAAAUCCAGGCCUGGUGGCGGCAACAGCGGUUCUGCUAGCUGGGGGGCAAGUUGAGACCUUGGAGUUCCAAGGGGCGCAGUGGCCUUGCCCUCCAUCAGGCUCUGUGGGCAUGGGCACAACAUGGUGUCCUUUCUCUUGGGCACAGACAAGCCCCUCAGCCCUCCAAAUCACACCCCUGAGAUGCGGAAAAGACCCGGCCAUGGCCCCUAAGAGAGGGUGGGGUGCCCUGGCUGCCCUCUAUUGCUUGGCAGCUUCUCCCCUUCCAGCCCUGCUCCAUCCCUUCGUGUGGGCAUGAAAAGCAGGCCUGCAAGACAUGCACACCCUGCUUCCCCAAUGUUUGAACUGCCAUCCGCAGCGGAGCAGAGCAGUGGUGGGUUUCAAAAUUUUUUACUACCGGUUCUGUGGGUGUGGCUUGGUGGGCGUGGCAUGGCUUGGUGGGCGUGGCAGGGGAAGGAUACUGUAAAAUCUCCAUUUCCUCCCAAUCAGCUGGAACUUGGGAGGCAGAGAAUAGAUGGGGCGGAGCCAGUCAGAAUUUUUAUUACUGGUUCUCCGAACUACUCAAAAUUUCCACUACCAGUUCUCCAGAACUGGUCAGAACCUGCUGAAACCUACCUCUGGAGCAGAGGCUCGGAAAGCCAGGGACCCUGGGGGCUCUGUUGCCAGGACUCCUCCGCAGGACUGCUCUGCUCUGCAAAACUGGGCAGGGUCUGUUCUCAGACUCUUCGUCCCAGCUUCUGCCAGCAUGGGAUUCCUCAGCAGGCAGGGGGCGCCCCCCUUCUGUUUUGUUUCUCUCCCCCCCCCCCCGCAAUAAAUGGCUUCCUCCACUG